UUUUUUACAUCCUCACAAAGAAAAGGGUACAAUUUGUGUGACAAACUAGAACGCAGCUUUUUUUUAAUAAAAAAGAAUAGUUCAGGUAUACUUUCUGUGUUAAGUGCUGCUACUGCUACCACUAUACGCCCCUGAUGGGAGCAGCAAAGAAGCGCGUCGCUGUGAUAGGCGCAGGCCCAUCCGGCCUCAUCACCAUCGAUGCGCUAGCGCAGGAGAAGGCGUUCGAUGUGAUCAGGGUCUUCGAGAGGCGCGAGGCGCCGGGAGGUUGCUGGAUCGCGGAGGGUAACAGACCUGUCCCAAACCUCUCAGACUUCGAGGCUCUCGCGGCGCGGGCGGCGGAUCCCCCGCUGCCCGUCCCGGAUCAGUUGCCGGCGCAGACGGGCAGGUCGCCCCAGCCGCGCUUCAGCGAGUCGUCCGUGUACCCGUACUUGGAGACUAAUGUGGAUGAUGUUGCCAUGUCUUUCUCGCAGGAGGCCAUCCCGGAUGUGCGGAGUAAAUGGUCUGUCGGGAUGCACGGCCCAGACACUCCGUUCAGACACUGGACGGUGAUUCGGGACUACCUGCAAAGUCUGGUGGAAAGAAAUGGGUACGGGGAUCUAGUGUCGUACAACACCACCGUGGAACGUGCAGAGAAGAUCGGCGAAGAGUGGAAGGUCACGCUCAGGAGAGAGGGCGAGGAGAAGGAUGAGUGGUGGGAGGAGUGGUUUGAUGCCGUGGUGGUCGCAAGCGGACAUUACUCGGUGCCUUACAUCCCGAAGAUCCAAGGCUUGGAGGACUUUGCCAGGGAGAGGCCAGGGAGCGUGAUCCAUAGUAAGCAUUUCAGGGGCAGAGAGGCAUAUCGUGACAAGCGAGUGAUAGUGGUAGGCGCAUCCGUUUCGGGUGCGGAUAUUACAGUCGACUUGACCAAGACCGCAAAAACGCCAGUUUACGCUGUUGUGGUGGGACGCAACUUCAAUGGUUACUUCGGCGACACAGCCUUCCAGCACCCAAAGAUUGAUAAGCGCCCCUCGAUUUUGAGAAUUGAUGGUGCCACCAGAACGGUACAUUUCGAGGAUGGAACUUCUGUCUCAGAUGUAGACCAUCUGAUCUUUGGUACUGGCUUUUCAUGGACUAUACCGUUUUUACCUGGUGUGAAAACGCGGAACAACAGAGUUCCCGACCUCUACCAGCACACAGUCUACCGCCAUGAUCCCAGUUUGUUGUUCGUUGGUGCUGUAGGCGCAGGUCUGACGUUCAAGAUCUUUGAGUGGCAGGCUGUGCUAGCCGCACGCAUUCUUAGCGGGCGAGCCAGGCUUCCACCGACAGACGAACAGGAAAAGUGGGAGGUGGAGAGGAUAAGGGUCAAAGGGGAUGGUCCCAAAUUUCCAGUUGUCUACCCAGAUUUCGAAGAGUAUUUUGAGACUGUCCGCGACAUAGCUGGACCUGGCGAAAAUGGUUUUGGCCGGCAAUUACCUCCCUAUGACCCGAGUUGGUUCGACAGAUUUAUGGCAGGACAUGAGUUACGGAAAGCUAUGUGGAGAAGAGAGAACGACAGAGUAUUGGAGGAACUAUCAGGUCAACAGAAUGAAGAGGUCCUUGUGGCUUUAGAUGAAAAGUCUAGGGCGACGGAAGUGGAAGUUCAUCAAACGCUUGAGGUAGCCUAAGCCACGCGUUCUAUACCAUACGGAGUGGUCGAGUUAAUAAAAUGAUGGCAAUUUUGUUAUUUGAGGGAGCAUCUGGGACAACUGAGUUUAGCGCACAAAGUCACACAAAGCUAGAGAAAGAGAGCUCAUGGUUGUUGUGAAACGUUGAUUGUAUAAAUUAUUUCUAUAAUAAACAUUGAACAUAUAUUGGUAUCCUG